GCUGAGAGCUUCAGUGCAUCAACAAUUGUAAUAGUGCGAAAUACAGAAAACUUGGAAGCAAUCGUUCGACAACCAGCGAACAAGGGUAGUGCAAAUCGUUUCUUCCCAUAGUGGCUAUUAGCGCCUUCAGUGAACAUUCACACUUUGAACAAAUAAGGCUAUCUCCUUACCAGACUCCAAGCAGCUUUAUAAUGGGAUCCGGCAUGAGCGUAGAUCAUAGCAAAUCUCGCAGCACAGUCGCUGUUAGUAGAAACGGGAGCAGCAUGGACGUCAAGAACAAACUGAGCCAUGACGUGAAGAAGAUAACCAGCGCCGCAGCCAAACUCAAGUUGGCUGCCGGCUCAAAGAGAAAGGCAGACAAAGAGAAGAUGUCUGGCACAGUCUCAAAUCGUGAUCAGCCUCAAGAGGCUACACCUCAGCCAGAGAAACAACCAGAGCAACAGCUGAGCAAGAAGGAGCAGCUCAUUUUGGAGACUAAACCCGCCACCAAAGCAACAGCGGAACAACUACGUAGGACAGAGAAAAGAUGGACCCUCACUGAUCUCCUUCACUGCCUCGGGACCUACGUCCACCACGAGUGCAAGGGACUCCUUACCAGACCGACAGCUCCAGAGGUAGCCAUGUGGGUAAGGUGCACUGACAAGGCCCUUCACCUCAAUGGCUGGACUGUCAACUCCUUUCUUCUCGAGUCUCACGUGGUGUUCACUUUCAUGCUCUUGCAGAAAGCAUUCGAGAGAUUCGAGGUCCGCACACUAGCAGACGCCAAGGAACUGGUCCUCAUGGCCCUAUACAUCUCCUACACAUACAAUGCCAAUGAGAUCAGCUAUCCACUUCGACCAUUCCUUGUCAAGCAAGACAGAGUCUCCUUCUGGUCCAAAUGCACAGACCUAUCCCUACAUUCGAGCAGUGAAAUGUUAAGAAUCAACAGAGACAACAUCUACUACACUGAACUGGUACAACAACUAAAACGAUACAGCAUCACUCUCACUUACCACUAAACUCGACCUCCCUCCCCCUAUCCCCUCAUUCAUUCAUUCAUUCUUUCGCUCACUCACCGACUGUAACUUAUCAUAAUAGCACGCAGACAAUGACUGUACAGGUACGACGGUAAAUCACGACAAUAUUCACUUAACCCUGCUCGAAUCGAUGGACUCACUUAGCUCUCACUCACUGAUCAAUGCAGUUUACACAGUUUCUCUUCAAAACUAUAGCAAUGAGCAGUUUUUAUCUGCUUUUUAAUUAUUAUCUCAAAACCCAGGUUUUAUUUUCUUUUGUUAUCAGGUAUUAUAGUUCUUCACUCUUUGAGUGUGUACAUAUAUACAUGUCAUUUAUUUGUGUCCUCUGUCUUUUUGUGUGAUCGAUAUAUAUUAUGUUUUUAAGUCCAUAUGUUUUCUGUUGUUUUGUCUUGUAUAUCAGUUUAUUGUUCAUGUCUACUGUGGUUUUGGCAAAUUAUCAAAAAGUUACUCAUUUAAACUUAAAA